AUGUCGGCCAAGGUGCGGCUGAAGCGGCUGGAGCAGCUGGUGCUGGACGGGCCGCAGCGGCACGACAGCGUGCUGAGCGUGGAGACCCUGCUCGACCUCCUGGUCGGCGUCUACGCCGAGUGCAGCCGCGACUCGCCGCUCCGCCGCGACCGAUACGUCUCCGACUUCCUCGAGUGGGCAAGACCAUUUACAAAAUUGGUAAAGGAAAUGCAACUCCAUCGAGAUGACUUUGAAAUUAUAAAAGUGAUUGGAAGAGGUGCAUUUGGUGAGGUUGCGGUUGUUAAAAUGAAGUGUACAGAGCGCAUUUAUGCAAUGAAAAUUCUAAAUAAAUGGGAGAUGCUUAAAAGGGCAGAGACAGCUUGCUUCCGAGAGGAGAGAAAUGUCUUGGUGAAUGGAGAUUGUCAGUGGAUUACUACGUUGCACUAUGCCUUUCAAGAUGAGAACUAUCUGUAUCUAGUGAUGGACUACUAUGUUGGUGGUGACUUACUGACACUUCUCAGUAAGUUUGAAGACAAACUUCCUGAAGAUAUGGCUAGGUUCUACAUUGGUGAAAUGGUGCUUGCUAUACAUUCCAUACAUGAGCUGCAUUAUGUGCACAGAGACAUAAAGCCUGAUAAUGUCCUUUUGGACAUGAAUGGCCACAUACGACUGGCAGACUUUGGAUCCUGCCUGAAAAUGAGUGAAGAUGGCACAGUACAGUCAUCAGUAGCAGUGGGUACGCCCGACUACAUCUCCCCUGAGAUACUGCAAGCAAUGGAAGAUGGAAUGGGAAAAUAUGGGCCUGAAUGUGACUGGUGGUCACUGGGUGUCUGCAUGUAUGAAAUGCUGUAUGGUGAAACACCGUUUUAUGCAGAGUCAUUAGUGGAAACAUAUGGGAAGAUUAUGAAUCAUGAAGAACGAUUUCAGUUUCCCUCCCAUGUUACAGAUGUAUCUGAAGAAGCAAAAGAUCUUAUUCAGCGACUUAUCUGCAGUAGGGAGCGUAGACUGGGACAGAACGGAAUAGAGGAUUUUAAGUCUCAUGCAUUUUUUGAGGGACUUAAUUGGGAUAACAUCCGAAACCUGGAAGCACCUUACAUUCCAGAUGUUAGCAGUCCUUCUGACACCUCAAACUUUGAUGUAGAUGAUGAUGUAUUAAGAAAUCCAGACGUGGUGCCACCAAGUUCUCAUACAGGCUUUUCUGGAUUGCAUUUACCAUUUGUUGGGUUUACAUACACAACUGAUAGCUCUUUAUCUGAUAGAGGCACUUUAAAGAGUGCGAUGCAGUCUGACACUGUAACCAAAGAUAUGGAUGUGCAGCGUGACUUAAAGAACACUUCACAAAUAGAAGGCUAUGAAAAGAAAAUACGGAAAUUAGAGCAAGAAAAGCAAGAUUUGAACAGAAAACUGCAAGAAUCUACACAGACAAUGCAGAACCUCCAAGGUCCAGUGUGUGUUACAGUAAAUACAAGCCGUGAUAAGGAAAUAAAAAAAUUAAAUGAAGAAAUUGAGCGGUUGAAGAACAAAUUAACAGAUAUAAGUAAACUGGAAGGACAGCUUGCAGAUGCAGUGGCUUUUCGACAAGAACAUGAAGACUCUAUACACAAGUUGAAAGGACUAGAAAAACAGUGCAGAGUACUGCGGCAAGAAAAGGAGGACCUUCAUAAGCAACUUGUAGAAGCCUCAGAGAGAUUAAAGACACAAUCCAAAGAAUUGAGGGAUGCCCACCAGCAAAGAAAACUAGCUGUGCAGGAGUUCUCUGAGCUCAGUGAGAGGAUGGGAGACUUGCGGUCCCAAAAGCAGAAGCUGUCCCGUCAACUUCGUGACAAGGAAGAAGAGGUGGAAGUGAGCAUGCAGAAAAUUGAUGCUAUGCGGCAAGACAUCCGUAAAUCAGAGAAGAUCAGAAAAGAGCUGGAAGCCCAACUUGAAGAAGUUGUAGCAGAAGCAUCAAAAGAACGCAAGCUUCGUGAGCACAGUGAGGUCUUUUCCAAGCAACUGGAAAAUGAACUGGAAGCUCUAAAGCUGAAGCAGGGAGGCCGGGCAGCAGGUGCCACACUAGAGCAUCAGCAGGAGCUUUCCAAAAUUAAGUCUGAGCUGGAAAAGAAAAUCUUAUUUUAUGAAGAGGAGUUGGUCCGACGAGAAGCAUCACAUGUUUUGGAAGUAAAAAAUGUGAAAAAGGAAGUACAUGAUUCAGAGAGCCAUCAGCUUGCACUGCAGAAAGAGAUCAUGAUAUUAAAAGAUAAAUUAGAGAAAACAAAGCGAGAGAGGCACAGCGAAAUGGAGGAAGCAGUAGGAACAAUGAAAGAGAAAUAUGAGCGUGAAAGAUCUAUGCUCUUGGAAGAUAACAAAAAGCUAACAACAGAAAAUGAGAGGCUUUGCUCCUUUGUGGACAAAUUAACAGCACAGAACAGGCAGCUAGAAGAUGAGCUUCAAGACCUAGCAGCAAAGAAGGAGUCUGUUGCUCACUGGGAAGCUCAGAUUGCAGAAAUUAUUCAAUGGGUAAGUGAUGAGAAGGAUGCUCGUGGCUAUCUCCAAGCAUUAGCUUCCAAGAUGACAGAAGAACUAGAAUCAUUAAGAAGUUCCAGUCUGGGGUCACGAACACUGGAUCCACUUUGGAAAGUGCGACGCAGUCAGAAGUUGGAUAUGUCAGCUAGGCUGGAAUUACAGUCUGCUCUUGAUGCAGAAAUUCGUGCCAAACAACUAGUUCAAGAAGAGCUACGAAAAGUUAAAGAUGCAAACAUAUCUUUUGAAAGUAAAUUAAAGGAAUCGGAGGCAAAAAAUAGGGAACUGUUGGAAGAGAUGGAAGGUUUGAAGAAAAAACUGGAAGAAAAAUACAGAACAGAUUCAGGUCUCAAACUUCCAGACUUCCAAGAUUCCAUUUUUGAGUAUUUCAACACCUCUCCUCUUGCACGUGAUCUGACUUUCAGAACCGGUUCCAUUAGUGAGCAGGAAACACAGGGUCCCAAGUCAGAAGUUUCACCAUCUACUUCAGUUGUAACUGCAGAGCAACAACAAGAAGUAAGAGAGCCGUUAUUUUACCCUGAAGAGAUGCCUGCUGCUCCUUCCCCCACCAUUCAAUCCAUUUCUCUAGCUGUACCAAAGCCUAAAGCUCACCAGUUCAAUAUCAAGUCAUUUACAAGCCCUACUCAGUGUAGUCAUUGCACUUCUCUUAUGGUGGGAUUAGUUCGACAAGGUUAUGCCUGUGACGUGUGUUCAUUUGCAUGCCAUGUUUCCUGCAAGGAUAGCGCACCUCAGGUCUGCCCUAUACCCCCUGAGCAAGCCAAAAGGCCUCUUGGAGUAGAUGUGCAAAGAGGAAUAGGAACCGCCUAUAAAGGUUAUGUCAAGGUCCCAAAGCCUACAGGAGUUAAGAAAGGGUGGCAGAGGGCUUAUGCAGUUGUCUGUGACUGUAAACUGUUCUUAUAUGAUGUGCCUGAAGGAAAAUCCACCCAGCCUGGAGUUGUUGCAAGUCAAGUCUUGGAUCUCAGAGAUGAAGAUUUUUGUGUGAGCUCUGUCCUAGCAUCGGAUGUAAUACACGCAACUCGUAAAGACAUCCCUUGUAUAUUCAGGGUGACAGCUUCUCUCUUAGGUUUGCCUUCAAAGUCUUGUUCUCUACUGAUCCUGACAGAAAAUGAGAAUGAGAAGAGAAAGUGGGUUGGAAUCCUAGAAGGGUUGCAGUCUAUCCUCCACAAAAACAGACUGAAAAACCAGGUUGUGCAUAUUCCACAAGAAGCCUAUGACAGUACGCUGCCUCUUAUUAAAGCAAGUUUAGCUGCUGCUAUUGUAGAUCGAGAUAGAAUAGCGAUUGGUUCAGAAGAAGGACUGUAUGUGAUAGAGGUGACCCGUGACGUGAUAGUCCGAGCUGCUGACUGCAAGAAGGUGUACCAGAUAGAGCUUGCUUCCAAAGAGAAAAUUAUCAUCCUCAUCUGCGGUCGGAACCAUCACGUUCACCUUUACCCCUGGGCUUCUCUGGAUGGGUCGGAAGGAAACUUUGACAUUAAGCUUCCAGAAACUAAAGGCUGCCAAUUGAUUACAACUGGAACACUAAAGAAGAGUUCUUCAACUUGUUUGUUUGUGGCUGUCAAACGACAGGUUUUUUGCUAUGAAAUUCACAGAACUAAACCUUUCCACAAAAAAUUCAGUGAAAUUCAGGCUCCAGGAACUGUACAGUGGAUGACAGUGUUCAAGGACAAGCUCUGUGUUGGCUACCAGUCCGGGUUCUCUCUGUUGACCAUCCAGGGAGAUGGACAAUCUAUAAACCUGGUAAAUCCUAGUGACCCCUCGCUUAUCUUCCUCUCACAGCAGUCUUUUGAUGCCCUUUGUGCUGUGGAGCUCAGUAAUGAGGAAUACCUGCUUUGCUUCAGCCAUAUGGGAGUAUACGUCGAUUCACAAGGUCGAAGGUCACGCAUGCAGGAACUAAUGUGGCCUGCAACUCCUGUUGCCUGUAGUUGCAAUUCUUCGUACGUAACAGUGUAUAGCGAGUAUGGUGUUGAUGUAUUUGAUGUUAACACUACGGAAUGGGUCCAGACUAUUGGCCUGCGAAGGAUCAGACCAUUAAACAUGGAUGGCACACUGAAUCUCCUUAACUGCGAGCCACCAAGACUAAUAUAUUUCAAGAACAAGUUUGCAGGAGCUGUCCUCAGUGUACCAGAAACAUCUGACAAUAGCAAGAAGCAAAUGCUUCGAACUAGGAGCAAAAGAAGAUUUGUAUUUAAGGUUCCCGAGGAAGAGCGAUUACAACAAAGGCGGGAAAUGCUUAGAGACCCUGAGCUAAGGUCAAAGAUGAUUUCUAACCCAACGAAUUUCAACCAUGUGGCUCAUAUGGGACCAGGAGAUGGAAUGCAAGUUCUCAUGGACCUCCCACUGAGUGUUCUACCUGCUGCACAGGAUGAAAAACCAUGUCCAUCUACAGCUAACCUCUCACGGCAGCAACAGCAGCAGAGAAACAAAACCUAUAUUUCCUGGCCCUCGUCAAGUGGCAGUGAUGUGGGAGGAGCCAUGCCUUCCCGAAGUAUGUCCGAUCCUGACCAGGAGUUUGACAAAGAGCCUGAUUCAGACUCCACCAAACACUCUACUCCAUCCAACAGCUCAAAUCCAAGUGGUCCCCCAAGUCCCAACUCUCCUCAUAGGAAUCAGCUUACCCUAGAUGGACUGGACCAGUCAACCUGUGACGCAUAACACUACCGCUCUCACCAUUCUGGUGUCGAUCAUCCACUACUCCAUGGAGUAUUCAAGAGCAGGGCAAAGCUGUCUCAGAUGCUAGUGCCAAGACUGACACUGAACCUCUAGUGUUGUACAAGAAUAAUUAUAUAUCCAGAUUGUAGAUACAAACUAUUGAAAUGAAGAAAAUUCUUUACUAAAUAGCGAUGGAGCUUUUUAUGCAGAAUUGUUCACUGCUCAGUUAUGGUUGAUUUCUUUCUGCACAGCUGUGACACAGUUUUAUUGCAUAGGAGCAUUUAAGGCCACCAGUAAAUAGUCUUAUUCUUAUGCUGAAAAAGAAGUAGAGAGAGAUACUGAUAAUGUUGCUACAGUAUCAGGAAUAUUAUUUUUCUAUAGAAUGAUGUAACGUCUCAUUAGCAGGAAAUCCUUUUAGACACAAUUUGGACCUCUCAAUAGGAAAUGUGAGCAGGUCUAGUUACAUCCUCAAAUGAAUACACUUUUCCCUUUUUCCCAUAACUGUUUCUUUCCUAAAUCUUAAGGAGAAUGCUAGGAAGCUGUAGGUUGUUUGCAACAUCAAUAGAAUCACCAGGAAGUCAAAUAAAAGUUGGUUAUAGUUUUGUGGCCUUUUAAUUCAUUUAGCCAUUACAUAUACAGCUGCAUAACUGUCUUUCUAUCUUUCUACCAACUUUUUAGUCUUGUACAUAGGACUACUGCCAGUUCUCUUUUACCCAUACCCUGCUUUUUAGUCCUCAUCAAUCAGUCAUUAGUCAGGGCUUUUAAAAUAUUGGUAAUUACUGCUGUGAAAAAAAUUUUACUCCUAGUUCCUGCCUAUCUCCUUCUGAGAAGUUGUUUCUCCUGGGUUUUUCGGUGUAAGGACACACUACAUUGUUUAGCUACCAAGCCUUCUCGUGGAUGCAUUGCCCUUGAAGUCUGCUUGAUCUAAGGGACUAUAUCGCACUAAAACAUCAGUCUGUUUUAUUGGUUACCAAAGUGGAACGUGAAGGAUGUGUAACUGGGGGUGCUGCUUUUCUCAUUAAUUGUAUCCUCACCUGCAUGAAGACUCCAUGAUUAUUAAUCAAGUAUUGAUCAUGUAGAAAAAUGCACAACACACUCCUGUAUAUUUUGCUAUGGCCCACGUGCAGUGGUGAUGUUUUGCGUGUAUAUUUAAUCUCAUGCUUCCAUGUAUUAUACAUUUAGUAAUCAAAGAUUUGUGACCAUGUUUCAUUAAAAGCUUGUAAUUAAUUCA